CGCUCGCCGGUCCUGGGCCGCGGACACCACAGAUCCCCUGCGAAAUAAGUCCCGGGGCCAACGUAGCCUCCCCGCAUACGGUGCUUCCGCUUCCGGUGGCACCAAAAACGGCCCACAGUGGCGGCGCAGCGCGCAAGCGCAAUGGGCCGCAGCGGACUGUGAAAUUUCACACCCGAGAGGGUGAAGCGUCUAUGAAGCCAAUGUGGCUUCGGAGAGCGACGACGACUACGAGGACAUGGCUCAUGUGGACGAGGCAGCCCGCCGGCUGUCCAAGAGGGGGUCGACCCUCUACACAGUGCUGGAGCUGAAGAAGGGCGCCCCCCCGGAAGAAGUCAAAAAGGCCUACAGGAGACUGGCCUUGCAGUAUCAUCCCGACAAGAACCCAGGGAACCCUCAAGCUGCAGAAAUAUUCAAAGAGAUCAACACCGCCCACUCCGUGCUGAGUGACCCCAAGAAGCGGAAGAUCUAUGACCAGCACGGCUCCUUUGGAAUCUAUCUGUACGAUCACUUUGGGGAAGAAGGUGUCCGAUACUACUAUACAGUGAAUAGUUGUUGGUUCAAGACACUCAUCAUCCUCUGCGCGCUGCUCACUUGUUGUUGCUGCUGCUGCUGCUGCUGCUUUUGCUGCGGCGCCCUUAAGCCGCCCCCCGAGGACGUCAAUAGGAGAAGACAGCAGCCGAACGUCCAGACGCAGCCCCCGCGGCCAGGAACCAGAGGUGGUUUUAGAAGAGAUGAAGAUAGUGAAGAUUUUUAAUAAAAGAUGAAGAGGGGUGCUGACCCAGUGUGGGUGCCCUCUGAUGCCCAGUCCACUGGACACGUUGAAAGGAGGAGCAAGUAGCCCUGUCCUGACAUGAACCCUGAACUGACUCCUCUUCUAUAGGAACCCCUACUUGAGAAGCAUUGAUGACGUCCAUCCCAGUAAGGACCCCGUCUCUGCCCUCGAUGGUAUGACUCUGGCCGUAUGGUGCCACCAAGCUACUCUUCUGUUUAGCCACAGUCUCAGUUGUUGUCUCUCUCAGAGAGCAGCCCUCCCAUGCCCACCUUUGAGGCCUCGGGCAGCAGUGGCAGACUUUCCCUGAGGAUUGUCUCUCCUGGGUCUACCUUGGGGUCUGAGCCACUUGCAUUUCUCCAUCAAGAUUUGAUGACCGAGCAGGGUGGGCCCUGUCCCCAGAGCUGCUGCACCAGUUAACCUUCCUUUGUUGCCACUGUGGACCAAGAACUCCUACCAUCAGCCUCCUUCCUAAGCCAAGACACCUUUCUGGGGCUGGUCUUCCUCCUCUGGUGGCCAGCUCAGCCCUGCCACCUCGAGUCAGCCCAGGAGAAGUGAGUGCUUAUGCGGCUUGGGGCAGUUAUCCCACCUGUGGACUGUCCCUGGACCCCAGCUGCCGGCACAGCCCCCGCCAGCCUGGCCCCCGGGGUUGGCCAAAGUUCUUGCUUCAGCAUCUGCUCGCCCCCACCCUCUGGACUCGCCUUGUGCAGGCCGGUCGCCCUGCAUUUUGUCCUUAAAACAGGACGGGAAACGUGACGAGGCGAAGGCUGUGCCUUGCAGACUCUUUCCCCGCUCUUCCUUCUUCGUCCUGCCUCUCCACACCACCCGUUCUCCGCCCACUCAGGGUCAGAGCCUAGGAACUCCUCUAACUUCACCCUUGUCUGGGAGAAAGGUGAAGGAAUGUUAGUAAAUAAAAGAACUUUUGACAAUC